GUGGGUGUGGGGGGAUGGGAGACCUCACCCAAAAUAGGCCAAUCAAAAUGGUGCAUUAUAUUCCCACAUCAUCCAUCUUCUUCUUCGACUUCCAUCUUCUUUCUUUCUAUUCACUCGUGCCUUAUCUCUCUCUCUCUCUCUCUCUCUCUCUCUCUCUCUCAACUCUUCCUCCUUCAUCCUCCUCCAUUACUACAUCAUCAUCAUCUCCUUGUUCUUUCCUCCAUUUCUCUUUUUCCAUUCCUAAUUAGUUUGUUAGUUAGUGUAAUUACUUUCUAUCUAUCUAUCUCUAGCACAUCCCACAACCACAACCACACAAUGGCGACCAACAGCUACUCUCUACGCACCCUUCACCAACAUCAUCAUCAUCACUCCAACUCCCUCUCUCUCUCUCGCCGUCGCCGACACCACUCCAUAGAUUGUCUACGCCCAUCUAAUUCUUCCUCUCUCUUUCUCAAUCCCACCACCACUAAUUUCAUCUACUCUUCCUCCUCUUUCUCCCCAUUUUCUUCUUCUUCUUCUUCAUCUUCUUCUACUGCCGCUGCCGCUUCCACUGUCGCUCCUUCUUCCACCUCCACCGCCCAACAACCCUCCCCCAUCUCAUUUGACCUCCUUGAACAACACCUCGCCGCUAAAAACUUCCGCCAGGCCGACGACGAGACCCGACGCCUCCUCAUCGCCCUUGCCGGUGAAGCCUCCCUCAAGAGAGGCUAUGUCUUCUUCUCCGAGGUACAAUACAUUCAACAAUCGGAUCUCAAGGCCAUCGAUUCUCUCUGGAGAAAACACAGCCAAGAUCAAUUUGGGUAUAGUGUCCAAAAAAGGCUCUGGGAAAAAUCCAACCGAGAUUUCACCAAAUUAUUUAUUAAAUUGGGCUGGAUGAAGAAGUUGGAUACAGAGGUUGAGCAGUACAACUACAGGUCGUUUCCCACCGAAUUUAUUUGGGAGCUCAAUCAAGAACAAGAUCAAGUCAAAACACCGGAAGGUCAUCUUCCUCUUACAAAUGCACUUAGAGGGACCCAAUUGUUCCAGAACAUUCUGCUCCACCCUGCAUUUGAUGAUGACCACGAUGAUAACAACAACAAGGAGAAGACGGCCGACGAACAAGAACAACAACAACAACAACAAGGAAAAAAUGAAGAGGAGAUCACUACUGCCGCCGCCGCCGGUAAGGGAUCAAAUGUGUCUAAUUUGAUUAAGAGGAUAUUUAAGCCAAAUUACACCUUUUGAGUAGUAGUAGUAGUAGUUUCUACUCUGUUCAAUAUGCUUGUUAGCUGUUGCUCUUCCUCUCUCCCUCCUGCUGCUUGCUGCUUGUUUGUGUAAUUUGCAAAUUUUAAUAAUAAUAAUAAUAAUACUUCAUCUUCAUAAGA